CUCACCUCUCCCAUCACUCGUACCCGCCGGCAUGCGCCAUGGAGGUCUCGACCUUCUUCACGCGCCUCCUACAAGCGCCCAAGCCGGCGGCGGGCCCGCGCCCGGACGCGCUUCCCGACUUUGACGCAGCGUGGUCCGCCGUCGUCGCCACCCUUACAGCACCAGAUGAGCGCCAGCUUGCGCGCGGCAUCGCACACUCGCCCGUUCCCCGCGCACUCAAGCACAUUACCGAUGCGCUCGUGUACGAGAGCAACCGGACGGACGAGGACACGACGGGCGCUUGUCUCGAGUAUUUCUUGCGCCAUGACAUGCUCGCGGCCCUGGAGCGCUUGUGUGAGCGCGAUCGCCCGCGCGGCGUCAAAGCCGAGGUCCUCCGCAUGGUCAACAACCUCGUCGUCCUCAUGCCGGAGCGGUUUCUGGUUCACAACGCCGUGCAUCGCCCGCUGCGCCGGCUGCUGCGCUCCUGCGUCGGCGAGACGGAGACGCUUGAUGGCGCCGCGCGCGCGUUCGGCGCAGCCGCGGCCGCUGACGAUCACCACCCUGACGACCUCGACGACGACCUCGUCGACCUCAUGUGCAUUCUAUGUUCGCGCAUGAGGGCAUAUCCACCACUCCUCCUCAUCUUCUUCCACGACCGCGGGUGGCUUAUCCCGCACCAUUCGUCUGGCGCUCCUCCGUCGCCGGCACCCCCUCGAUCCCCUCUGCCUGCCUCCCCUCCCCAGGUCCGAACCACCCUCCCUUCGACUCCACCGCGCUCCUCGUCUCUCUCAACGCACCUCACGUCGCGCGCCCUCUCUCCAACGCCGCGCUCGCCUUCUCAGAUAUCCCGCGCGCUGUCGCCUCCUUUAGAGCGCGCGCUCUCCCCGCCUCAUGGACGCGCGCCUACGCCAACAGGCCGCUCCACACCCACAUACCGCUCCUCCGUCCUCACCACCGAUCCCGCGUCUGACGCCGCGUCCGCCGCGAGUGCAGGGCGUCGUGAAGCCGACGCCACGCACUUCGAGUACCUCCUCUUCUCGUACCUUCUGCGCUUCGUGCAUCGCGACGGGCGGAUCGGCGACUUUGCCCGUGCCGGCCUCCUGUUCCUCUUCGACAUUGCGUUCUUGUCGCGCGACGACGACGGCGGGGAUACGCUCACAGGAACACCUGGUCCCGACGGCAGUGAUCCGCUGCAGGACGCGCGCGACGCGCUCGCGGAAUAUAUCCUUGACGGCGACUUUGCCGACGUUAUGGCUGCCGGGCUCGGCGCGACGUACUCUCUCCUGCCUAACAAGCUGCGUGUACCUACGCUCGCCGAGCAGGGCGACGACGACGCUACGUUGAACGGAGGCAUGAUACUUGGAAAAACGGCUGAUGAGGACCUGGACGACGACCUCCUCCUCUCCACCGACGAGGAGGUGCAUGCCCAGCUCGACCUGCUGCUCAAGCUGUUCGGGUUUCUCGGAGACAUCAUGUAUCGGUGCCGUGCAGCGUCGCUGCGCGCCGACCCGAACGCGCGCACCGUGUCGACGACGGAGGUGCUCGGGCCCGCCGUGGCUGACGCAACCCUCGACGCCCUGCAGACGGCUUUUGUCGACAACGUCCUCUACCCCUCGAUACUCGAGUGCAGCAGCACCGAUGGCAGCGCCGUCGCCGUGCUGACGUACCUGGAUGUCAUCCUCUCGAGCCUCGAGGACGGGCCGGUGCUGCAGCGUAUCCUCAACGUACUCAUGGACGCGAAUGCUGCCGUGCCGGUGUUCACGUCGCCGAGGAAACGAAAGGCGCGCAAAACCGGCGCCAUGGACUUCAUGCCCUCCAUCGUCAAGCUGGGGUACUACACCGACGAACGCUUUACCCUGCGCGACCUCAUUCUCGACAACGUCAAAUCUACAUGUCCCGCGAGUCAGACGGCAGCCUUGCACCUCCUGCAAGCCCUGCUCUCCGACCACUGCCGAUACAUCGCGCCAAGUUUACUGUCGGUUGUGCGCAUGCCGUCAGCCACCGCGCUCGCGCGCCCCUCCCUCCCACCGUCUGAACAUUCCUCGCCCGCCCCCUCGUUCACCGACACCGUGCCCUCCACCCUCCCCGUUCCGGUCAACUCGACCGACGUGCAUCUGCAAGAGGACGAGCUGUAUGGUGCCCUUGUGCCGCGUCUCGACGACGCCGUGCAGGAGAACACAGAGGCCUCGGGCCUGGGAAGCUACGUCACGGAUGCGCAUAACUUUCUGGAGGCGGACGGGUGCUGGCGCGCAUCGCGCGUGCCCCUCCAGUUUGUGAGCGACGACGGCACGCCUGUCCUCAUCAGAGUGGGCGAGUACGAACUCGAUCCGUUCCAGCACGCUCUAUCGCCGUCCGAUCCGAUGGUGCAUGCACUGCUGGAUGCCCUAGCGGCAUGGUUCACCCACCCGGCAGAUACAAACAUUGCGCUGACGGGCGCGCUCAGCGCUCUUGUGCGCUGCCCGCACCGCUCGUUGGCCGGGUGGCUUCUCUAUGACUUCGACGAAGACGUGUGGGCUAAGCCGGUGUCCGAAAUCGACGACGGUGCGUCCGACACGAGCUUUGACGCCGCGCCUUCCCGCGCACCGAGCAGAGCGGAAGCCGAUGAGCCACGCCACCAUACCCUGCCUGCGCUGUACCAGGUGCUGAGAGAGCUCGUGCGACACUCGGGCCGCUUCCGCGCCGCCGUGUCCGGCUUCGACCGCCUCCUCUCGGAACGGCGGCAGGGCCUUCUUUUCGCCGACCAUCUCGAAGAGGCGAUGAGCGCAAUGCUCGAGGACGUGGUAACACCGGCGUCGGCGUCGAGUCCCGGAUUUCUGGGCAUCGCGAGCCCUUUCGCCUCGCCCUUCGGGGAGCGCAAGAAAAGCGUGUCGCUCGCGACGUCGCUACGCUCCUUCUGGAGCCCGCGGAAGAGUCGCCCCACCACGCCAACAGCCACGCCGACGCCACCCACGCCGCCCACACCGUCGCCCGCUACGCUCCCGCCCUCGCCGCAGCGCCCUCCGCCCCUGCGCGCACACACUCUCCCCGCAACACCGCCGCGCACCUCCUCCCUCCCGCCUGCCCCCGACACGCCUUUCGCAUCGCACUAUGCCGCCGCCGCCGUUGCGGUCGAGGUCGAGGCCGUCGACGUGCGGCAGGACGGGCCGUGGCGGCGCGCGACGCCCGUAGAGAUCGAGGACGUGUUCGCCGACAGACAGGAGGAGCAGGGGAAUCGGGAGCAGCAGGAAAAGCGAAAAGACAAGCCGACUGCCACGACACUCUCGGGCGUGCUCGAUAACAUGAUCGUGCUUGAGGAGUUGAUUAAGGAGCUCGUCGGGGUCAUUGUAGCGCGGCGCGCACUGGGUAUUGACCAGGUCGGGUUCGUGGCGCGUAGGAGUGCGCAAGUAGCAUAG